GCCGAGGGAGGGCGGCGCGAGGCUGACUCAUCCUCUGGAAGCUCAAACUGACGGAGACAAACCCUCGCCAAGCCCGCCCGCCCGCCCGCGCCGCCCCUCCGCAGCCGGGAGGCGCCCGCCCGCACCGCCCACCCGCCCUCUCCGGGCCCCGCCGCCUCACAGAAAGUUUUUCUCGUCGGGGGGACCGGAGCCGCCGGGAGCCUUUCGGAAGGGAAGCGCCGCGCCGGCCCGGGGAGCGCAUGGUGCCCGGCGCCCCUGCCGCCAGUCAGGAGGACAUCGGGGCGGGGUCGGGCUGAGCCGCGCUGCUGCUUCCGCUGCCCGGCCAGAAAUCGCCGUCCCGGACUGCCGCGGGGGUCCCCGCUCCUCAGCCCGCCAUGUCCCGGCUGCUGCCGCUGCUGAGGAGCCGGACCGCGCGCAGCCUGAGGCCGGGCCCGGCCGCCGCCGCCGCCGCCGCCGCCGCCGCCGCCGCGCCCCGCCCGCCCUCCUGGUGCUGCUGCGGGCGGGGGCUGCUGGCGCUCGCGGCCCCCGGCGGCUCCCGGGCGCUGGGCACCCACCCCAAGAAGGAGCCCAUGGAGGCGCUGAACACGGCGCAGGGCGCGCGCGACUUCAUCUACAGCCUGCACUCCACCGAGAGGAGCUGCCUGCUCAAGGAGCUGCACCGCUUCGAGUCCAUUGCCAUCGCCCAAGCAUGCAGAUAUCCUAAACCUGAGAUUGCCAUUGUGAAGCAAGCAAAGAAGGUGGUAUCAGCAGAGACUCCUGAUAGUUUUGAAAAAUUGGAAGCUCCACCACCCACCCCAGGACAGCUGAGAUAUGUAUUCAUCCACAAUGCGAUACCUUUCAUAGGGUUUGGCUUUUUGGAUAAUGCAAUUAUGAUUGUUGCAGGAACCCAUAUUGAGAUGUCUAUUGGAAUUAUUUUGGGAAUAUCAACUAUGGCAGCUGCUGCUUUGGGAAAUCUUGUGUCAGAUUUAGCUGGACUUGGACUUGCAGGCUAUGUUGAAGCUUUGGCUUCCAGAUUAGGUCUGUCAAUUCCUGAUCUUACACCAAAACAAGUGGACAUGUGGCAAACACGUGGCAAAGCUGUUGGGGUGACUAUUGGCUGCAUUCUAGGAAUGUUUCCUUUGCUUUUCUUUGGAGGAGGUGAAGAAGAUGAAAAACUGGAAACGAAAAAUUAACCCUCUUAGAAUAUUUAUAAAAAGCUGUAAACUGAUGUACCUCAAUUACUAAAUAUGCUGUCACAACAUUUAGGAAUUAAGACAAUAACAGUGUAUAGAUAUGGGAUCAAAUAAUUCAGCAUGUAUUAUGGAAAACACUAACUUAUUGUGGCUUGGUUUUCUUAGGACAUCUUUUUAACAAAAUGUUUAGUAUCCAUUUUGUGUAAAUUGUUGAAAUGCUUUUUCACCAAGUGCAGUCAACAUUUUACCUUUUUCUUUAUAUCAAAAUAUCAUUUAAGUAUCAGCCAUUGAUGUACUGUACUGAGUUGGGUUUUGCAUACUUGUUACUUCAUGCGUAUGCAUGCAUGAAAGGAUCUUCUGUUGUCACUGUUCUCUAAUUACAACUCAGCUUUGAAAUUUUUGCCACAUUACUUAAGAUGUUUCAUAUAAGUUAAAGGUUUUUUUUUUUUACUCUAUUUGGCAACAUCAAUUUUGUACUAUUUUACACUGAACAUAUACAAUCAUAUAAUUUCAGUCAUUUUAAAAUUCUUAUUCUAUUCAAAAUAGACACACACUUUACGUAUUUUAAGUAUCUAUUACUCAUUUGAAUUUUCUGACCUCACUGUCUCAAGAGCCAGAGGUUAAUCAGAAUAAGUAUUAUGUGGUGUCCCUACUACAUAAAACCAUGUAUGUUAUUAGUAACUGUAUUAUUUUCAUUGAUUUUUUUAAAUCUCCAAUUUCUCAAUUUUGAAUCAUUACAUCAUAGCUUCUGCUCCUGAGGGGAAGAAAAUGAUUAUCUUAGGGUCUUUUAUAAAUGAGGAUUGUGGAGUUAGAGUAAACUAAGAGGUUUGACCUGACAGUUGGAAAUUAAGAGGCUAAAAAUUUUUUUAGAGAAAAGAAAAUGGGAACUGUCGAGAAGGUUUAUGAUAUAAGUGGUGAAGUUGAAGUGACAUUUGGAAGGUUAAUGAGAUAUAGAUUCUAUUGUUUAGGAUGGAUUUCUUUUUCCCCAUUCUCAUCUCAGAUGAGAUGAGCGUCGUCUCAUCUGAAUUGACUGAAUCAGAGUACUCCAUACUCAUAUCCUUAUGUCUCAUCUCGUUUAGUGAGUUUUAUUUCUGGAUAACUUACUCUGAGGUGAAGACUAAAUAUUUUAGAUAUUGCUUUUUUGCUAUGAAUAGUUUAGUAGUCAAAAACUAUGUGAGGAGAAAUCUUUUUUGUUGUUCUUUUUUUUAUUGUGAUGUUUAAAUAAUAUUCUAGGUUGAAAUUAUUUAUUUUCAGCCUUGCAUAUUUGACAUGUAUAGUACAACUAUAUAUGAGUUAUAAAUUUUAAUUUUAUGAGCCCUUAAAAUUUCUUAGCAUGUGGCCUGUUAUAUAUGCUAAAAAAUUACUCUUACUUGUAAGAGUAAACACAUCAUGGAGGAGAAAAACUGAAAAUAAAAUUACUGUUUGGGCCACUGAAAUUAUUUAUGUUGCUUGAUAGAUGCAAAAGAAGGGAAACUUCUAAGAUGGCUGUAUUUACAGUUACCUUAAAAUUUUAUUUGCACAUAUUUACUUUGACCUCUUAUUUUCAGAGGGGCUGUAUUUUCCCACAAUGCAAUUUGUUGUAAAUUAUCCUCUCUACACUUAAAAAUAAUUUAGGGCCAUCCUUUAAUCAUAGAUUUUUGAAGGAAAAGAAGAAAAUAAAUCAUAUAAUAUAAAAAUAAGUAUAUAACAUUCUUAUUAUGUACAAAUAAUACAACACUCUCAUUUGAACAAAUUAGGAUUAUAGAACUUGACUUCUUAAACAGAAUUGUGGUUUUUAUCUUCCACAUAGUACCAUGUAUACACCAAAAAGAAUUUUUUAAUUAUUUUAGCUGGUAGGAAUAGAGUGCUUAUUUAAACAGGGUUUU